AUGGCUGGCAAUGAUCUCGCUGAUGCUUACUACAGCAUACCUCGUAUUACCAGAUACUGGCUAACGGCCACGAUUGUCUUGUCGUUGAUUGGGAGGUUUGGGUUAAUCAGUGCCUAUUCCCUCAUCCUGAUCUGGAACAAGUUUUUCUACGAGCUCCAGCUGCUCAGUUUCCUCCUCAAUAUUUACCUUCUCUUCGAACCCAUGGUGCUUAGUGUCAUUUACGUUUGGAGCCAAUUGAACAGGGAUACGAUUGUUCAGUUCUGGUUUGGAACCAGCUUCAAGGCCAUAUAUUUUCCCUGGGUUCUCGUUGUAUUUAAUCUCAUCAUCCGUGGGAGCGCUACUAUGGAAUUAAUGGGGAUUUUCGUUGGAAAUGUCUAUUACUUCUUUUCUCAUCAUUACCCUCUUGAGUACGGUGGGGUGCAGCUCUUGAAGACUCCUGAGUUUCUGUAUCGUUUGUUUCCAGUUGACCGAAACUUCGGUUCUGGCUUCGGUGUUCCCCCGCCUCGCAUGCGAGGCAGUGAUGACACCUCCAGUCGCGGAUUUCCUGGUCGCGGGCGCACCCUUAACGAAUGA